UUGACGUAGGGGAAGAAAAAGACACAAGAUCGGAUUACAAGAUGGCGGUCUGUGAACGAUAGUGAAGAGGCCGUCGUAGUUGUUGUGUUCUCAACGUUCGAUUUUACAGUUAGCUAGAAAUCCGGCCUAACGUUAAUAUGCUCGUAAAAUAGUUUAACGUUUUAGCGCAUUAUUGUGAAUAAUAUUCCGAUGUAUGUCUGGAACAUGCGGGUAGAAACAAAGUUUGAAGCUCGGGGAUAAGAAAUAAGCUAGGCUACUAUUUUAAGAGGGUGAACUACUGUAGUGGCUAGCUAACGUUAGCGUGUUAGCUUUUCCUCAAGGUACGUUCACCGGCACCAUGUCGGAUACUCGGCGGCGUGUGAAAGUAUACACGCUGAAUGAAGACCGACAGUGGGACGACAGGGGCACCGGACAUGUCUCGUCUACCUUUGUCGAACGACUGAAGGGAAUAUCGUUAUUAGUUAGGGCCGAAUCUGACGGCUCACUACUUCUGGAGUCUAAAAUCAGCCCAAAUACUGCAUAUCAAAAACAACAAGACACCUUGAUUGUGUGGUCUGAAGCGGAGAACUAUGAUCUGGCUUUGAGUUUUCAAGAAAAGGCUGGCUGUGAUGAAAUCUGGGAGAAGAUUUGUCAGGUGCAGGGGAAAGACCCUGCACUGGAAAUCACCCAGGACCCCAUUGAUGAGUCUGAGGAGGAGCGCUUUGAGGAGAUGCCAGAGACCAGCCACCUGGUGGAGCUGCCUCCCUGUGAGUUAGCCCGGCUGGAGGAGAUCGCCGACCUGGUGACCUCUGUCCUGUCCUCGCCCAUUCGCCGGGAGAAGCUGGCCCUGGCCCUUAUGAGUGAAGGCUACAUGAAGAAGCUCUUGCAGCUUUUCCAGGUGUGCGAAGACCUGGACAAUCGAGAGGGUCUUCAUCACUUGUAUGAGAUUGUGCGCGGUGUACUCUUUCUCAAUAAGGCAGCUCUUUUCGAGGUCAUGUUCUCAGACGACUGCAUCAUGGAUGUGGUGGGCUGCCUCGAGUAUGACCCGGCACUGGUGCAACCCAAACGGCACCGCGAGUUCCUCACCAAGACGGCCAAGUUCAAGGAAGUGAUUCCCAUCACAGACUCAGAGCUCCGGCAGAAGAUCCACCAGACAUACCGAGUGCAGUACAUCCAAGACAUCAUACUUCCCACGCCUUCUGUGUUCGAGGAGAACUUCCUUUCCACCCUCACAUCCUUCAUUUUUUUCAACAAGGUGGAGAUAGUCAGCAUGCUGCAGGAGGAUGAGAAGUUCCUGACCGAAGUCUUUGCACAGCUUACAGAUGAAGCCACAGAGGACGGUAAAAGGAGGGAACUAGUGAACUUUUUCAAAGAAUUUUGUGCUUUUUCACAAACCCUGCAACCACAAAAUAGAGAUGCUUUCUUCAAGACUCUUGCGAAUCUUGGCAUUCUUUCUGCCCUUGAAAUAGUCAUGGGCAUGGACGACCUGCAGGUGAGGGCUGCAGCCACAGAUAUAUUUUCCUACCUGGUGGAGUUCAGCCCCUCCAUGGUCCGAGAAUUUGUCAUGCAAGAGCCGCAGCAGACAGAUGAUGAUGUGCUGCUGAUCAACGUUGUGAUAAAGCAGAUGAUCUGUGACUCAGACCCUGAGCUGGGUGGUGCUGUGCAGCUCAUGGGGCUCCUACGCACACUGAUUGACCCAGAGAACAUGCUUGCCCCCACUAAUAAAACAGAGAAGACAGAGUUCCUCAGCUUCUUCUACAAGUACUGCAUGCAGGUCCUUACAGCCCCUCUAUUGGCCAACACUGUAGACGACAAGCACUCUAAAGAUCUGCAAGAGGGCUCCACCAAGAUCAACCCAGUGUGUCCUGAUAAUUUUCAGACAGCUCAGCUCCUUGCUUUGAUACUGGAGUUGCUGACUUUCUGCGUAGAGCACCACACGUACCACAUAAAGACCUACAUCAUGAAUAAAGACCUGCUGCGAAGAGUGCUGGUGCUAAUGAACUCAAAACACACCUUCCUGGCGUUGUGUGCUCUGCGCUUCAUGAGAAGAAUAAUUGGGCAGAAGGAUGAGUACUACAACCGCUACAUUAUCAAAGGGAAUCUAUUUGAGCCAGUUAUCAGCACACUGUUGGACAAUGGAACAAGAUACAACCUUCUAAACUCGGCAAUCAUUGAACUCUUUGAGUUCAUCAAAGUUGAAGAUAUCAAGUCCCUCAUAGCCCACAUCAUAGACAACUACUACAAAGCACUUGAAUCCAUUGAAUACGUCCAGACUUUCAAGGGACUGAAGGGCAGAUAUGAGCAGGAGAAAGACCGACAGACUCAGAGACUUAACAGGUAUCGUAGGGAUCCCAGAACGCUGGACGAGGAUGAGGAAAUGUGGUUCAAUGAAGAUGAAGACGACGAUGAAGGAGAGGCUAUUGAGAAAAGCAGGCCUGAGGAAGAGUUCCCAGAGAGCUACGGAAAGUAUAUUGAAGCCAAAAAAGUUAAAGAGAGUGAGGACAAAGAGAACUUUCCAAAGCGGACCCCAACUGGCAGCUUUAAGUUUACCUUCUCUCAUUCUACAGGGGCUGCCAAUGGAACCAAUGGUGCCAAUGGCAAGCCAGCCGCCUCCACCACCAGUCCCAACAGCUCCCCAGUCAAGUCCACCGCAUCACCAGCCACCCCGGUAGUCAAGACCGGGGUGGUCGGACUUGUAGACUACCCUGACGACGAAGACGAGGAGGAAGAAGACGAAGAGCAGUCCCCAAGGAAACGGCCCCGCCUGGGCUCAUAAAACCAGUGAAGUACUCUGGUCUUAGUCCACUGUGCUACUUUCACAGUCCACUGGACGGAGAGACCACUCCCACCUUCCUACCCUCCCAACCUGCCCCUCGCUCCUACACCCCCGACCUGGCCUGUGGACCAGAGAGGUUGAGCAGUGCCAGGUUUCCCUGACGCUCCGGCAGGGACGCAGCACUUCACCCAAACCUCAGUCGUUCUACAGAAGGGGGAGCAGGGGGGCUAACGGGAGAGCCAGUCAGGCUAGCAGGACUAGCCGCUUAGUAAUGGAAGCUUGAUUGGCUGACCCUACAGAACUGUUCAUUUGGGUUGGGUAGAGGGAACUACGCGAAAGAGGGGGGUAACAAAAAAAACGAACCUAAAGAAAACCAUUGCUUAGUUACAAGGAGCAGGACUCAACCGACUCACACAGAACUACAUCAGCCAGGAAACCUGUAUUCAUGAGUUUAUUAAAAGUACUGUACAGUUAUUUUUUUCUUUUUAAUCAUUUGCCUCAAGUGAUUUUAAAAGGGGAGAGCUAAACCUGCCAGUGUAUUUUUGUUUUUGUUGGCACAAAUGGUGGGACUACUGUUCACCCUUUUAAUUCAAUUAUUUGAUUCAUUGUAGAAAGCAAGAGUUGCAAUGCUGGUUUUAAAAUAACAUGUAUUAAACUGCAGUAAAGUCAUUUUUGCAGCCCACAUUGAGAAUGUCUGAAGUUUGUGUGUAUUCAGUGGCUUGGACUGCGGUUCCCUUUCAGCUGAGCUACCAGAGGUGUCUUUGUUCAGAAAAGUCUAUUUUCCAGCCAGUAUGUGUAAAAGAACACAGAGCCCUUCUCAGUGGUGCAUACUACUAGUGUUCCAUCCCAGUUCAGUACUCAAUGGGUUGAAUGGAUUUGUUGCUAGAUCAGUUCCUGUGGGUUAGAGCAUAUUUCAAUCCUAAAUUUCAGUGGUAGUUAGACCAGCUACUGCCAUGUUAUAUAGACAUUCCUAUUGACAGAUGUAGUUUGAGGUGUCAGGAAGAGAUGGGGAAAGUGUUUUGUUCUGAAUACUUGCAGCUGUAAGUGCCCAAAUGUAACCAUUUCAGAAGCCUAGAGCGCAUAGGUUUGUUUUUCUCCAUGAACAUUUUGUACAUGUGCAUUUACUACCACUAUCUCCAUUCUAAAAAUUUGUAUUGAUAUUUGAUACGUUUUCAGAUUAAAUGUGACCCUGGCAUUAAA